CACAUGACUGCUUAUUUAUAAAACCAACUCCAAUACUUAAAAGUUACUUUUGUAGGUCAAAACAAACGGGCUCCUAGUCUUCCUCCCUAGGACAAGUUUAGCACCAUUUAUUGACCAAUGAGCUCCAUUGACUAUUCCUCCAUUAAAAAUCCCUCUCCAUCUUUGUUUUUCAUAACCCUCCCAAAGUAAAGAUGAUCAGCUUCUUCACAUUCCUCUCUGUUGUGGCUUAUCAGCUUUUCUCAACACAAGCAGUUACAACGAUCGACAUCCGAAACAACUGCCCUUUUACCGUAUGGGCAGCAGCAAUUCCUGGUGGCGGCCGACGUCUCGACUAUGGUGGAAAAUGGUCACUCCAACCUAAAAGCGGUCAAAAUGGAAAUCGUAUCUGGGGUCGAACCAAUUGCAAUUUUGACGCAUCUGGCCGUGGUCAAUGUCAAACCGGCGAUUGCAAUGGAGUCCUCGAAUGUCAAGCUUUUGGCACAGUCCCAGCCACUUUGGCUGAAUUCAACUUAGAUAAUAGUAACAAUCUUGAUUUCUUGGACAUAUCUCUUGUAGACGGUUUCAAUGUUCCUAUGGAAUUUAGUCCAACAUCUGGUAAUUGUUCUGUUAGAAUCAGCUGCACUGCCGACAUCAUAGGACAGUGUCCGAAUGAACUAAGGAUUCCUGGAGGCUGUAACGACCCAUGUACUGUGUUCAAAACCAAUGAAUAUUGUUGCACAAAUGGGCCUGGAUCAUGUGGGCCUACUGAUUUCUCGAAAUUUUUCAAGGAAAGAUGCCCAGAUGCUUAUAGCUAUCCACUGGAUGAGCCAACCAGUUUGUCUACCUGUCCUUCUGCUACUAAUUACAGGGUUGUCUUCUGCCCUUGAACUUGAAGGCUGCAACAUUAUAACUAUGUAAUUUCUAUAUUAUAUACGUGCCGAUUACUCUUUUCGGGCAAGUGGCUAUUUUAGUUAAUUUUUUAAGCGAUUUUUACCAACCUAUACUACAAUAGUCACAAAUUAUUUGGCUGGAUUGUUUGAAUUAAAAUUGCCAAUCAAUAUAUUUUAAAGGUAUUUGACUCUCCAUUAUUGACAACCAUAAAAAAAAAUUGAAGAUAUAAAUUUGAAUUCGAAUUUUCAAAAACUAUUUUUUGUUUGGAUUGGGUGUCAUUGUAAACGUUUGAGAACAUUUUAUGGAGUUUAUAUCUCGAUUUUGAGGGUAUUUGGUGAAGAUUAGAUUUGAUUUGGUUGGAUUUUCAAAUUGAAAUUCGAAUAAGAAGCCGAAGACCACACAAUACACAAAAU